AUGAAGCAUUUUCUAAAUGGUAAAACUAUAGUUUGUGAAUAUUGUGGAAAUAAUGAGUAUUAGCAUUUAAUAAAAUAUUCUUCUAUUGAUUUGCAUUUUUACGCUAUUGUAGAUAAUAAUAGUGAAGAAACAUGUCUUCCUGUAGAUUUCUCAUAUGAUUUUUUUAAUAAAUAUGGUCUUACAUCAUGUAUUAUGAAAAAAUAUACAUCAAACACCUUAUCUGAAUUUAAUGAAAUAAUACAUAAUUUAUACGUAGAAGUAGCCUAGUCUUCAUUAGAUAAUGAUGGAGAAGGUAGUGUAUUAUAUUUUGUGAAGGAAAAUAUAGAUAAUGGAGAAUAAAAAUGUGUUUCUUUAGCCAAAUUAAAAACUUUGGAAUAUAGAUUAUAUAGAAAAUUAAGAGAAAAAUAAAUUAUCUUCACCUCUUCAAUAAAUGACUUUAAAACUUCAUUAUCAGCCGAACUAAUAUUAAUUAAAGGUAAAUUACGUUAUUUUGGCGGUUCAAGUAAUUUUUUAUUUGUAACCCUUUCAAACUCUACUUAAAUAAAUUAACUUUAUAACAAUGUCGAUUUCGGAGCAGGUGAUAUAUGA